UCACUGAUGUGUGUUGAUGAGGCUGCACUGAUAGGCAGCACAGAUGGGCAGCACUGAUGGGCACUGAUUGGAUGCACUAAUAGUUGGCACUGCUGGGUGGCACUGCUGGGUGGCACUAAUGGGCAGCAUUGAUGGGUGGCACUGGGCACAGGUGGGUGGCACUGAUGGGCACAGGUGGUCGGCACUGCUGGGCACUGAUCAUCAGGGCACUGAUCAUCAGUGCCGAUCCCUUCGUUGACAAUUGCCAGUUCUCGGCAGUACUUUCCUCAUGUUGUGACAGCGUGAGGAAAGUGCAGCCGAUAACCAGCAACUGU